GUACAAUGUCAUCUGGCCGUGAGUCUGUAGGGGAUCUGAUUCCCCCAGAUAUGCUGCAGGUGUUCAGUGAGGACCGGCAGGGCGGCAGGGGCAAAAGGGGCAGGAGAAGGGCAGCAUCCUUCAGGCGUGCCUUCAAGUGGUUGAAGAGGCAGCGCAGGAAAACCCGCCGACGCGCUACAGAGAUACAUGGAGACCUGCUUGCCACUGGUUCACCUGUAGAACUACCAAAAUCAUCACUUGUCACAGGCCCUAAAGAGGAAGUUGUGGGAGCUAUUUCUCUUCAGGAGUUCCAAGAAAAUGUGUUUGUGGAGGGUAAUCGGCCUAAAUAUGUGUUGGACCUGCACACAGAGGCACAGCAGGGCCUGAAAAUGCAGCAGCAAGAGGAUGAUAGGAAUGGGAUGGACUACCCUGAUGACCAAAGUAUGAUUUCAACAGUAACAGCUCAGACUGAAGACAGCAUGGCCUUCAGUGAGCUGAGAGGCUUUGAGUCUGAGAGCACAGCUGCCGAUUCUGUUUCGAUGUGCUCCUCCAUCUCCUCACGAUCAACACGCUCAGGACUCAAACGCCAAGCCUCAACAUUCAGCCCUCUGAAGCCAGAUAAAACUGCAGAGAAGACGAAGUCUCGCAGGAAACAUGGGAGAACUGUUGUAGGAAUUCCUCGACAUGUCCAGAAAGAACUGGGGUUGGACAGGGCAGCAUGGAUCGCCACAAAUCCUCUUGAUGGUCAGCUGUUGAAUGUAGACAUGAUCAUACCUGCCAUAAUUUCCGCUGUGGAUAGCACGUCUUCCAGCUCUGAACAAGAAAGUGUACAAGACCAUCUACAGGGCAUACAGAACCUGUACACAGUUAAAAAAGACAACACAGAGCUCCCCACACUGACAAAACCCAAAGAUAACGUCCUCCAAAGGCUCAUAAACCAUUCUGUAGAUCCAGAAAAGUCAGGAGCAGGCAUUCUAGGUGUUCCUUGGACAGAGAACCCAACAGGUGCAGUGAUGUCCAUCUCACCUCAGGCCACAUACAUGUCUAAAAUCAUUCCAAAUGCUGUACUUCCACCAUCUGUGGAUGUUGUGGAGCUCAGUCGCAGCCGAAGUCGCAGCAGUGUCCGAACCGUCAGCAAAAGCAGCCUGGUGUCAGCCAGUCCAGCAUCCACACGUGCUUCCUCCAGAGUCUCUUCACGUUGUUCCACAACCCGCUCAAACUACUCUGGAUGGACCCACUCGGGAUCAUCAGAAACGCUUGUAUCCGAUUCUUCUACCAUCUCCAGCAGUAGCACUCCCCGUGUGGCCAGCAGAGGGAGUCAGGAUGGGAACACGAAUAGACCAGCCAAGCUGAACAACCACGGUUCCCAUGUUAAAACUACUCAUGUGAAUGGGGGCUCUACCGAGGAGGAGGACAGCGGAAAGACAGGAUAUGCUGCUGCUUUCACACGCAACCUGUCAGUGAUUAAACGGGGCAAGAAACCUCCAGCUCCUCCCAGCAGGUCAUACUCUUUACACAACGGAAAUCAGACCUGGAAGACAUCUGAGAGUCCUACCUACUUGGCUGAUGUCAGCACUCCAGAUGGAUCACCAUACCCUGUUGUCAUGAAGGCCACCACUCACAAGUUGAGCCCUAAGAUAGGCAUACCUCCCUCCAAUGAACCCACAACUGUCCCAUCAAAGGAGAGCCAGCUAGUCACCACAGACAAGAAAACAAUGUUAGCUCAGCUAAAGAUACACAGAAGUAACCUUCAAGUGUCUUCCAUUUGGACACCCCAAUCAUACACACAUGGCACCGGUAAGCUUGCUGAACUUAAGAACACCCUUCUGUCUGCAAACAGUUUAAUCAAUGGCAACAAUUCCUCACCAGCUGUAAUGGCUCUGUUGUCUCUGUUUGAGAUUCCCACCCGUCCCAAAGUACUGGCUCCGCCGACUCCUCCUCCUGAGACCUGGGCUCACAACCAGCGGACUUUUGAAUUGCUGUGUGGGCCCGGACCUGUAAACUAUGCAUGCUGGGCCAAAAAGAGAGGUCUUAAAAUUGCAGAUGAACCAGAUGUGGCUUUGGCAAAUGCUGACAGAGUAGCACCUCUGUUGCAGCCAGUAGAGAUAAAAGGCAAAGUUGAAUCCGUAGUGCCGCUUGCCUAUGUCGCCCCCUCUCCAUCACCUCCCCCAGAGCAUUGCCCACCAAUACCGAGCAACAGCCAAGCCAAACUUCCUCCUCCCCCUCCGGACUUUGUUCCCUCAACUCCUACACUAGCUGCCAAAGCAAUAAAGGACUUGACUUCUUGGAUCCCUCCACCUCCUCUGUUUCCUCCUCCGGCACCUCCAGUAGGUACGACUACAGUAACUCCUGUCGCUGUGCAAAACGAUAAUGACCUCCGUCCACCGCCCCCACCAUUUUCGCCACAGUCUUUACUGACAAUGCCUCAAUUACCACCAGAUAUUCCACCACCACCACUGCAGGAAGUUCUACCUCCACCAAGACCACCUUCUGAACCACAGAAAAUCUCAUCCCGUCCGCAAGAAUCCCAACCUUCGACACACAAUAUGUUGGUAACAUCAUUUGAAACUUCUCAACAAAUCAACGUUCCUCCACCUCCUCAACAAAUCAACGUUCCUCCACCUCCUCCACUACCUACUGAUGUAAGAUCUCAAGUCACUGUUUCUCCUCCUCCUCCUCCUCAUCCACUACCCACUGAUGUAAGAUCUCAAGUCACUGUUUCUCCUCCUCCUCCACUACCCACUGAUGUAAGAUCUCAACAAGUCAGUGUUCCUCCUCCUCCUCCUCCACUACCUAGUAAUGUGAAAAUGGAGGACAGACUAGAGAUGGCAGAAACGGAGAAAUGGACAAGCAGUCCCUCUCCGGCCAAAGAGGAAACCUCCGGUCCUGUGGUCACCCAGUCUCUACUACAGAUGGUUCGUCUUAGGUCGGUUAAGUCCAGUCAGAGUCCUGCUCUAGAUCCUGAUAAACCAUCACAACCCAAACCAAAAUCAGGUGUCAAUCAAGAGGUGCCUCCAAAGCCAAUCAGACGAUCUUUGAUUUUGACAUCACUGCCCCCUGAUGUGGAAGCUCUUUCCAACACAGAGCCAAAAACUGAAGCUCCGUCUCUCAACACAAACACAACCACUGUAUCAAAUACUCAGCAAGGAUCAUCUGAACCAGAAACUCAAUCAAAUAACAUUGCUCAAAUAACAUUGCCUAAAAGCUCAUCAGCUACAUGUCCACCUACAGAACCAAGUAAGAAUCCAGUUCCUGCUGAACCAGCAAAUAAACAACCCUGUGCUGAAACCAAACCCAAACCCCAAACCCUCAAGGAACAAAUUCAACCUACAGUGCCUGACCCGGAAACCCUGUCAAGUACAACAGAACCAAAGGACAAAUCAAUCAUUGAGCCAAAGACUCAACAUCAGGCACAAGAACCCAACAAGACUCCGCAUAAUUCAGAGAAGCAAUUAAGCACCGUUGAAAUGCACUCAAAGCCAGAUGGUGAGCAGCCAAAAACCCAAACACCAACGCCCAUUGUCUCUUCCACACCUCCCAUAGUCUCUUCACCAGCGAACCCCUCCAUGCGUCUCCAGGAAGCCAUUCGUCUAAAGGCUGCUACAAUGUCUUCAAAAGACAACCAAGCCAAGCGGUUUGGUCUACGCUCCCCUCCUCCAGCCACAGCUAUUGGCACCACUGUACCAAACUCCCCUGCAUCUAUGGCCAGCUUCAUCUUCUCCAAAAGCCCAAAGAAGGUCGUAAUAGAGACACCGUCAUCCUUAGAGGUUCAGGCUGACCUGAGGAAAACUCUAGUGGCAGAGUUAGCCUCUGUCUCCGAUUCAGUCAAGUCUAAUGACUCACACAAGAUGGCUAACAAAGUUCCUCCACCAAUUGCUAAGAAACCCAACGCUAAGAUUGAGAGCGUUGCUCAGAACUCUGCAGAGGCCCAAUCUGUAGCCAAGACUGAGCAUGUGCAAACAGAGACUGUACAAACUGCUGGACAGGACGUACAGACCGAGAACUCUGAGAAAACAAAUGAAUUCAGUGUUCCUCCUCCUCCUCCACUACCUAGAAAUGUAAAAAGGGAGGAAAGACUAAAGACAACAGAAAUGGAGAAACGGACAAGCAGUCCCUCUCCGGCCAAAGAGGAAACCUCCGGUCCUGUGGUCACCCAGUCUCUACUACAGAUGGUUCGUCUUAGGUCGGUUAAGUCCAGUCAGAGUCCUGCUCUAGAUCCUGAUAAACCAUCACAACCCAAACCAAAAUCAGGUGUCAAUCAAGAGGUGCCUCCAAAGCCAAUCAGACGAUCUUUGAUUUUGACAUCACUGCCCCCUGAUGUGGAAGCUCUUUCCAACACAGAGCCAAAAACUGAAGCUCCGUCUCUCAACACAAACACAACCACUGUAUCAAAUACUCAGCAAGGAUCAUCUGAACCAGAAACUCAAUCAAAUAACAUUGCUCAAAUAACAUUGCCUAAAAGCUCAUCAGCUACAUGUCCACCUACAGAACCAAGUAAGAAUCCAGUUCCUGCUGAACCAGCAAAUAAACAACCCUGUGCUGAAACCAAACCCAAACCCCAAACCCUCAAGGAACAAAUUCAACCUACAGUGCCUGACCCGGAAACCCUGUCAAGUACAACAGAACCAAAGGACAAAUCAAUCAUUGAGCCAAAGACUCAACAUCAGGCACAAGAACCCAACAAGACUCCGCAUAAUUCAGAGAAGCAAUUAAGCACCGUUGAAAUGCACUCAAAGCCAGAUGGUGAGCAGCCAAAAACCCAAACACCAAUGCCCAUUGUCUCUUCCACACCUCCCAUAAUCUCUUCGCCAGCUAACCCCUCCAUGCGUCUCCAGGAUGCCAUUCGUCUAAAGGCUGCCACUAUGUCUUCAAAAGACAACCAAGCCAAGCGCUUUGGUCUGUGCUCCCCUCCCCCAGCCAUGGCUAGUGGCACCGCUGUACCAAACUCCCCUGCAUCUACAGCCAGCUUCAUCUUCUCCAAGAGCCCAAAGAAGGUCGUAAUAGAGACACCGUCAUCCUUAGAGGUUCAGGGUGACCUGAGGAAAACUCUGGUGGCAGAGUUAGCAUCUGUCUCCGAUUUAGCCAAGUCUAAUGACUCGCACAAGAUGGCUAACAAAGUUCCUCCACCUAUUGCUAAGAAACCCAAACCUAAGGUUGAGAGCGUUGCUCAGAACUCUGCAGAGGCUGAAUCUGUAGCCAAGACUGAGCAUGUGUAAACAGAAACUGUACAAACUGCCGGACAGGAAGUACAGAGAACUCUGAGAAUAGAAGUGAAUGAAUAUGUGCACAAAUGAUUUAAUAACCCUUAAGUUUUUGCUUUAUUUCGCAGAUAAAUCAGGCUUUAGAUCCUAGGCCCAAACUGCUCAAGCAAUUUUGAAAUAUACCAAAAAAGUCUUUAUGUACAGAUAGGCAUAUUGCACUUUUUGUACACUGGUUUAGUGUAACUGAUUCUCAUUCAUCGUGGGAAUGCAUGUCACUGGUAUUUGGAAAUUAUAAAUAUUCUUAUUUUAUUUAUGUGUCCUCUGUCUUAGACCGAAGCCAUGCUACCUUCCAGGUUGUAGAACUCCUCCCUGUUGGUAGCACUGUAAAAACUACGGUAACAUAGCAGGACCAAUUAAUCUCUAUGGUGGAUUUUUACAGGCAUUAAUGUAUGCCUGAAUACGAGAGCAGUGUGAAAGGAAAUGAAGGUAAAGAAUGUAAGUAAAAAGAAUGCAAAGAAGCCAAACAAAAAGGGGAAGAACAGUUAGGAGAAUGGACCACUGAUUUUGGGGUGGGGUUUGUGACUAUUCUGUUUUCUAUUUGCAGUGUGUAACUAAGCCUAUUUUUUACUUUUAAAACUCCCAAGUCAAUAAAAGUGAUCAUACACAUUCCCCACCCCAAGUAUCCAUACA